AUGGCUGUACUGGUGCGGAACGACAGUCGAAUUAUCCUCCACUUGGUGACUCUCCCUGAUCUUACUGCCGUCACUUUGACUUACCAUAUCCAGGAUUAUGACUGUUUCUAUGCCUCGGUCUUUGAGGUUGAACAACCUGAACUGAGAUCCCUUCCCUUAGCAGUUCAGCAAAAGCAGAUUGUGGUAACCUGCAACUACGAAGCUCGACGGCGAGGUCUGCAUAAGUUACAGCUCAUCAAAGAUGCUAAGCGCAUCUGUCCCGAUGUGGUGAUAGUUCUGGGUGAAGACUUGACCAAGUUCCGAAAUGCAUCCAAGGAGCUUUAUCUGUUGGUUCGCUCCUUUGUCUGGGGCGACCAUGUCGAAAAACUAGGUUUCGACGAGCUCUUUCUCGAUGUCACGGAAAUGAUUGACUACAACACUGCCGUGUUAAACCAAAACGACUUGGAGAAUUCGUAUUUCCAUCUUGAUCGGAAGGACCCGACCGUUGGAUUCUCUUACGAUGCCACUCGCUUCCAGGGAUCGACCUUCCCCGCGAUGGAGGCAGCCUCCGUCGCUCAGAAAGAUCCGUCUUCGUUGGAAAUGAGGCUGCUCGUUGCCUCUCAUUUACAGAGUCAUAUACGAAGUAAGUUGGAGCAUCAAAUAGGCUUCACGGCGACUGGUGGGAUCUCAACCUCCAAACUAUUGGCAAAGUUGGUCGGUAAUGUUCACAAGCCCAACGGCCAAACGACUCUUCUGCCGCCAUAUAUGGCCACCAAAAAUAGAACUAGCAGUGUGUUCCAGUUUCUGGAUGAUCACGAAAUCCGGAAGAUUCCUGGAAUUGGUUCUCAGAUUUCCCAGAAACUGAAAUCCUAUGUCACAGGGCAAGAGAAUACCGAUGAAAAGAUCACAGUCAAGGAUGUCCGCCAGUUCCCUGGCAUGGGUCCACCUUUACUGGACAGAGUCCUUGGUGGACCAGGCUCAACCAAAGGGAUCGGGAUGCGCAUGUGGAGCAUUCUCCAUGGAGUAGAUAAUUCUGAGGUGCUGGAGGGUCGCGAUGUGCCCACUCAGAUCAGCAUCGAAGAUUCUUAUGGCCAGUUAGAUACUCUCGAGGGUGUACGACGAGAGCUCGUAGUGUUGUCGCGAAGUCUGGUCCGCCGUAUAAGAACCGACCUGCUUGAUAUGAGUGAUGACACCGCUCCCCAAGGGAAAUGGCGUGCUCAUCCUCGCACUCUGCGGUUGUCAACCCGGCCAAGACUUCCACCAGACGUGCGUACCGGGCGUGCAUACAGUUCCAAGCGCAUCUCUCGCUCGGCGCCCCUACCACCCUUUGUUUUCAACUUGGAUGAGAAUAUUGAUGCAUUGGCCGAGCGGCUGGUCCGAGAAAAUAUCUUCUCUAUGUUUCGCAAAUUACAUCCCGAAAAGGCUGGCUGGAACCUCAGUUUGUUGAACGUUGCGGUUACCAAUAUGGUGGAGACCGCAGGGGAUCAGAAGCAAAACAGUGGACGCGAUAUCGGGAAGAUGUUUCGACAGCAGGAGACAGUACUUAAGGAUUGGACUGUGCAGGAACCCGGGUUCUCAUCUUCAUUACCCGGAGAUACCGGAGUUACCCUUGAGAUACAGCCACAGUCGGACGAUGGCUGGGACGACGAUGAACCCUUGGGAAAUAUAGACUGCCCUAUAUGCGGGGCAUCGAUCCCACAUUUUGCCCAGUUGGCACAUCAGAUAUAUCAUUCUGAAAAAUAA